AUGUCCGAACCCUCUCGGGACCUGCUUGAUGGCAUCUCCGGUGCCCUGGCAUCGGAGGGCGACGUGCUGCAGAUGACCCUCGUGACAUUCAUCGGGCUGUCCUGCUAUAACGUCGCCGAGCUAGUCGUCCUGGUCCUGUCCACAUUCCGCCGCUGGCGCGGGCUGUACUUCUGGUCGCUGUUGGCGUCAGGCUGUCUGGGUGUCGUGCCCUACUCGAUCGGAUUCUUGAUGAAGUUCUUCACCGGCGCAGACUCGAUCUUGUCCGUCACCGUGCUGACGAUCGGGUGGUGGACCAUGGUGACCGGCCAAUCGGUCGUGCUGUACUCGCGCCUCCAUCUCGUGCUGCGGGACGAGAAGAUCCUGCGGCGCGUGCUGCGUCUGAUCGUCGCGAAUUUCUUCCUGCUGCAUGUCCCGACGACCGUUUUGACGUACGGCGCCAAUAUCGUCCAUACCGGGGACAUUGCCUGGAUCCAGGGCUACAACAUCAUGGAGAAGAUCCAGCUCACCGGGUUCACGCUCCAAGAGUCGCUGCUGGGCACGUUGUACGUCGUUGAGGCUGUCAAGCUCCUCCGUCUCGGCGCAGACGUUACUGCACGACCAGACGCCCGCUCCAUCAUGUACCAGCUCAUCGGGAUAAACUGUACCAUCAUCGCAAUGGACCUGCUCCUCCUGGGCCUCGAAUACGCCAACUUUUACGCCAUCCAGAUCACUCUCAAGGGCUUUAUAUACUCGCUCAAACUCAAGCUCGAGUUCGCCGUGCUCGGCCGUCUGGUCGAUCUCAUCCAAGGCUCCCGCCAUCCCAUCUCCAUUGAAAUCGCCGAUACCCUGCCUCUUUGUUCCUUCCAGCGCAUCCCGACAACACCCGAUCGAACGGACCAACAACCCUGCGAGCCGGAGCCGAAGGGGAUUGUAUCCCUGCCGGGCGACGCGUCGGUCGUGGAGGGGACGUUGUUUGUGAAGUCUGGGCCGGGGAAUUACAUGACUUCUGAUGUUCAUUAA